AUGUUGAACAAAGAACAUUUCACCUUCAGAGCACACAUCUGGAUGCAUGAGAUGAGAUUCUCAAUAUAUGACAUAAAACUUUUAUUUUCUGACGAUAUUCUCAUUUCUAUCACUGCUGUUGGCGCUAAUGAAGACAUGCAUCAUGAUUGUAGGCAAAACACUGCACUAGCAUCGAAAGAAGCCUUUCAUUCAUAUACAUUUAUAUGCAACAUAUUUUCUCGACAAAUAUAA